GCGCGCGGCAUCGUGUGUGCAGGAGUCUACUCGGGACGUGCGGUCUUCUCCCGAGUCUGUGUGUGCGAGCUCAUCUGAGACCUCAUCCCCCGUUUACUGCGAGACGACGCGGCUCAUACGAUUCAUUAUGGGAAACCGGUUUGGAAAAGAGCGAGAAACUAACAAUGCUGAGACUGCUGAAGAAGCAAAGACUGCAGAGGAGUCAGAAGCUGGACAACCAGCGGAGGACUCUGGGAUAACUCAAACUCAAACUCAGGAUCUAGAUGUCCAGAUUCUGGGGCAGGUGGCGCAAGUGGCGCGUUCCAUCACUGAAAAAUUGGUGUUGAACAGUGGAGUGGAGGAGGAUGCUGAGCCCGUGGCGAAGGAAACACCAGCUCCAGUCCAAUCCGAGCCUCUGGUCUCACUUGGCAAAUCAUCAGCUCCAGAUUUAGAACCUGUUGCUGAAGCUCCGCUGGCUACAGAGCCAGUUCCUGAACCACUGCCCGCACCAGAGCCAGUUUCCACACCAGAGCCAGUUCCAGAACCAGAUCCAGUUGCCGAACCACUGCCUGAACCAGAGCCAGUCUCCAAAACGGUUCCAGUUCCUGAACCAGAGGCAGAAGUUGAGGUAGUCUCUGAACCCAUUUCAGAGUUGGUGCCGGCGGGAGCUGAGGCCGCAGAGCUGAAGACGGACCUCCUCAGCCAAGAGUCUCUCCCCGAGCCACAGAUUUCUUCUCCAGCACCUUUGAUCAACCCAUGCGCCCCCGAAGAAGAUGCCCGACCCGUUGACAUUCCUCCCGCCCCAGCUCCGGUCGAAGCGAAGGAGCCGGCAGACAACCCGGCGACCGAGGAAUUCCAAAACAGCGCUGAGGUCUCGGCCAUUCCCACGUUUGAGCCUGAAAACGGCGAGGAGGCGUCCGAGUCAGGGGAAAAGGCGAUGGAGGGGAAGGGUGGAGUGCAUUUGGAGCAGCAUGUGUGUGACGUCAGCGACGAGGGUCUCAGUGGACUGCUGAAGAACUUGGAGCUGAAAGGAAACGACCUUGUCGCUGACCUCAUUCCGGCCGACGUCCAGAUUCCCGACGACGUGAGCACUUCCACCGAGCUGAUGUGAAGGUGCGGCAGUGAAAGGAUGUUAUAUCUGUGAAGCCCUCGUAACCCCUAACGUGAAUUCCAAAAGAAGCUGGGAUGCAAUGUUUCUUUCUCUCUCACCUAAGUGGCCUAAUAAAGGCAAAAAUGUCUCUAUCUAAAUGAACGUGUGCCAAAAAAAGGUGUAUUGUCUGGGCUUUAUUAUGAGUGUACUUGUGUGUAUUGCUGGACAACAGAGAUCUUCCUCUAUGCAAAUGCACCAGGCAAGAAUUUUAACCAAAUUUCUUUAAGAGAAAAGAAGCCAUUGCUAUACGAUAACGCGGCAUAGAGAAAGCUGGAAGGGAAUCAUUUUGAUGUUCCUGAGUACAAAGGGAAAAGCAGAAGUGUCCUGAGGUAUGUCAGUCAGCAUCGGCAGGUAAAUCCAAAUCCAUAGGCAAGGGAUAGUAGCAAUGAAAAAGACAUUAUACUGUAUGCUAUUGAAAUACGAGUGUCUAGUGAACUAUUACGCCUUCACAUAAUCAUCUUUGAGCUUUUUGAAAUUCUGUGUCUUUCUUGUAUUCUAAUUUAACAAUGGGAAUUUUCUUUUUUUUUAACCUAAGUAGUGGCUUGCUUGUAAAAAUAAAAAUAUUAUUAUACAUAU